GAGGCGUUGCUAAGCCCCGGGCGGGCAGGGAGAGGCGCUGAGGCGAGGGGCUCCGGGGUGUCCCCUCCUAUUGGAGGGCUUACCGGAGGGAGGGCGGGAACCUUCACCUUUCAUAGGGGUGUCUGUGUGUGUGUUCACGUCAAAGACGGGUGGGUGAGUGGAGAUCAAGUUUAUGUUGGGUGGGAGGACUGAGUGAGGGGCUAGAUCCCUUAGUAGUUGGUCGGGAGGGGGCCUUUCCACCCUUGACGAGAUUUCAGACCAGGUUUCUUGAGAAGCCCCACAAAUUCUUCUGUGGGGGCCUCACGUGAGCUUGCGGGGGCAGAGCCUGUUCGGGGGCGUCUUAAUUGUGAGGGAAAUGUCGGAACUGAGGAGACGAGGAGCUGGUGGAGAUCAUGAAACUGAAAACAUAAUUGACAAGGAUGUGGAUGGAGAUGAUAGAUUUGGGGAACUAGACCUCAGAACUGAUGCAGAAGUUCCUGAAGUUGUUCAACCAGCAGACAGCACUCCAGAAAUUUUAAAAAAGGCCUUUUCUGGCUUGUCUUCCAGAUGGAAGAAUUGGUGGAUUCGUGGGAUUUUAACUUUAGCUAUGAUUUCAUUUUUUUCCCUUGUCAUAUACAUGGGGUCAUUUAUGCUGAUGCUGCUCGUCCUGAGCAUACAAGUAAAGUGCUUCCAUGAAAUCAUCACUAUAGGUUACAGAGUCUAUCGUUCUUAUGACUUGCCAUGGUUUAGAACUCUGAGUUGGUAUUUCUUGCUGUGUGUGAACUACUUUUUUUAUGGAGAGACUGUAGCAGAUUACUUUGCCACAUUUGUCCAGAGAAGAGAACAACUUCAGUUCCUAAUUCGCUACCACCGAUUUAUAUCUUUUACGCUUUAUCUAGCAGGUUUCUGUAUGUUUGUUUUGAGUUUGGUGAAGAGGCGCUAUCGUCUGCAGUUUUACAUGUUCGCAUGGACUCAUGUCACUUUGCUGAUCACUGUAACUCAAUCCCAUCUUGUCAUCCAAAAUCUGUUUGAAGGCAUGAUCUGGUUUCUUGUUCCAAUCUCAAGUGUUAUUUGCAAUGAUAUUGCUGCUUACAUCUGUGGAUUCUUCUUUGGACGAACUCCGUUAAUUAAGCUGUCUCCCAAAAAGACCUGGGAAGGCUUCAUUGGCGGCUUCUUUACCACAGUUGUGUUUGGAUUCAUUGUUGCCUACCUCUUGGCUCAGUAUCAGUAUUUUGUAUGUCCUGUGGAAUACAACAGUGAAACCAACAGAUUUGUCACAGAGUGUGAACCAUCAGAAUUAUUCCAGUUACAGAAGUACUCUAUACCACCAUUGCUGCAGGUUAUGCUGGGAAGGGAAACAGUGAAUCUGUACCCAUUCCAGAUGCACAGCAUUGCCUUGUCAACGUUUGCAUCCUUAAUUGGGCCUUUUGGAGGCUUUUUCGCUAGUGGAUUCAAAAGGGCUUUCAAAAUCAAGGAUUUUGCUGACACUAUUCCUGGCCAUGGCGGAAUAAUGGAUCGCUUUGACUGUCAAUACUUGAUGGCUACUUUUGUUCAUGUUUAUAUCACCAGUUUCAUAAGAGGGCCCAAUCCCAGCAAACUACUGAAACAGCUGUUGGUACUUCAGCCAGAGCAACAGUUAAAUGUCUACAAAACUCUGAAGGCACACCUCAUUGAAAAGGGGAUCCUUCAGCCAUCACUGAGGGGAUAGGACCGAACCGUGGACUACAAACAGAAGCACAGAUGGAAAUGCAGGUUUUGCUUAUACAAGCAGAGUGUGUUGGACUGAAGCCAGACUGUGUGUCUGAAGAUAUGAAUGUCUAUUUACUGAGAUUACUGUGAAUACCCAGGAGGCCAUGCAAGAUUUAAGUUCCUUUUAACAAUUGCAUGUUUUUGCUGUCUAGUCUAGUGUCUUGGGUUGAUGAAAUGAAACUUCUCCCUUGAUUCCUAGCUUGAUUCCAUUUUUAAGGUAACCAUUUUUAAAGAUGUACACACUCCCUCUAGAGUAAAUUGAAAGUAUGCUUGGGAGUAUGCAAUUAAUUUAUCAAAACUCAUUUUAGUGCAAUGUUAUUAAUGACUCCAGUUCAGUUAAUGACACUUCAUAGUACUGCAUUGAUAUCUCAGUUUUAGCUGACAGUAUAACUAAACUUAAACCAAAUGGCGUCUGUUUUAUCCUUUUGUAUUCCAAAAACCAGAAAAGGAGCCUGUAAUAGGGAAACGCCUAUGGCAAAAGUGUGCCUAUCCUGGAUUCCUGAGGCUGGCUUGGCUUUUAGUUAAAAAAAAAAAAAAAAGCCUGUGUAGCAGGUGAAAAUGAAUGGGUUCCUGUAAAAGGGAAAUGUUUUUUGGGAGGGUGGGCUUCUUUCUUGUCGGAUCCUAAAGACCAGUUUAACGCACAAAUGCCUACUUGAGUUGCAGGCCUCUUCUUUACCAGCAAUUUCCAUUCAGGACUUUGGGGCUUGAAGGAUUGAUUACCCUUUGAAAUGUGCUCAUUUGUGCCUCCAGUGUUUAGAUGUGUUAAAUGGAAACUUCCCUUUCCUUUAUGGUAAGUGCAAUACAACUGCUAACACAGCAAUAUUUAGAUCAUUUUCAUAAAGACAGUUGGUCCGGUCCAUUGUGACCUUUUGGCUAGUUGGAGUUUUGGCUAGUUGUGUGAUGAAUUUAGUGCUUCCACCACUAACUCAGUCUCGAGGGUGUUUGGCCAAUAACAAAGUUGGAGAAUGCCUGUUCUUGCCCUGUGGGAACAGCAGAACCUCUAGAUAGGCGUGCUCAAUAUUACUCACAUUUUUCAGAUUCCUUAUUGAAGUCUGCAUGAGAACGGCAUGUAAUAUUAAUGGCAUGAGUUGCUUUUUUAUUGCUUUUGUGUAAUUUUUUUUUAUCAUGUCAUAAUCCAAAAUACAUAUUUUAAAGCAAUUAAAAGUAAUAAAUUUAAAGCACAUGAAUGCCAAAAACAUGGUAUGGUGAUGACUGGUUGGAUUUAAGGUGCAAGCCUUGUGGAAGUUUUUCCUAUGGUUAGUUGCAGAACAGCACAUCUGUUUCCAUUUGUUUCAGUGAAGCUUGUGCAAGAGAACCUUCUAGAGGAUUGCACUUUGUGAACUUGGUGCGAAUGAACUUUCUUUUACUGUGAGCUUUCAAGACUACAUAUUUCUUGCCCUGUUUGGUACUGCUUGACUAAACUAUGUAGUGAAACCUAAAACAUACUAUUCACUUCUGACUUCUAUGAGAAUGAAAUCUGUUUACAUCAUUGUGGCGCUUUGUAGUACUUGAGAUCAUCGUCUGUUUGGUUUCAGGACUGCAUACACCAAACAAUUAUAGCAGGGUGACUGAACAAGGUGGAAAAACCCACUUCAGACUAAUUAUAUCAAAAUUGGUGAAACUGCUCAAUAAAAUAUCAUCAAUAUCUAAAUACUUACAGGAUCCUUCUAAAACUUACCUUGGUGGCCUGGGAGCAUCUGUUGGCAUUCGUCCUUCCUGUGCUGCUCCAAUGAUGACAGAAGUUGAAAAUGGCAUAGGAAAUGUUGACCUUCCAGGAAGCUGGAGCAGCUUGGUGUGGGAAGGAGCCACCUUGUAGGCUCCUAGCCCUGGACUUGGAGCAUAUGCCAUUAUUGGAUGGCACAGGGAGAACACACACUACACCAGCAUCCAUGAGCAUUUUUGUUUUAAAAAAAGCUGUGCAAUGACAUCUACAUUUGCCAUACAGUGAGAUCCAUAUGAAACUGGGUUCCCUGAAGUCCACUGCAUAAAAGACUUGGCAGCUAACAACUUUCUAGCGAGCUGUAGAGAUCUCACUGUUUGUAAAGUCCAGUAUGUGUUGAAUUUCUGUUCAGUGAAUAUGUUGUGGAGGAGGGAAGGACCACACCUGUUAGCCCUGCCCACGACCAGCUUUGCCCCUGAAAUCCAUGUGCCUGGUAUGAGUCUGGAUUCCUGAUCACAUGGAAUGCCUCCAUGUGUACAGCUGUGUGUCUGUAGGUAUCCUUCUCAGAUGUCACACUGAAUGUGUGAAUGGCAGGAUGCACUAUAUUCACUGCAUGUGUGGGGGUGAUUUUCAUUUUAAAAUUUGCCACCACCAGCUUUCCAACCAGAAUUUCUUUGUGGAUUAACUAGUACUUUUAGAAGUCUGAAACAGUGUUGUUAGCUGUUAACAAAACAGAACAACGGCCCUAUUUGCACGGUGGUUAAACUGAAAAAAGAACAAAAUGCAGCCUAAAACUGAAGAAAUGGCCUAGUCAGCUGAAAGAGAACAGUCUCUGGCUUUGGGUUCAGGCUUAAAAGCAUCAAUAGGAAUAUUUGCACUGAAGUAUGUAGUCACUUGUAGGCCUUUGAAACUUGAGACUUAAAUAUAUAUAUAUAUUGUUGGAAAAUAUUCUACUUAAGUACUUACGCCAUCCAAAAGAUGAAUCACAUAAAAAUGUAAAGCUUUAUUUUACUGUAACAGUGUAACUCUUGGGUUACUUUGGUGUAAUUUGUAUAGCAUUAUAUUGAAAUAAGACUGUAUUUAAGCCAUUGAAUGCAGAAGAGUAGCUGGAUCUGCCAGCUCUGUUUGCACUGUUAAGGAACAUGUAAAAUGUUGCUGCUCAUUAAAAAGUGAAAUGCCUCCUGGUCACUUUGAAUGUGUUCUUACCACUUCUGAAUCUAUUUCUUUAUGUUCAGGGUACCAUUGAAAAGGAUCUCCCAGAGUGCUUUUCAGGGACAGCCUAAGAAUAUUACUAGAAAUGACUAGACCCGCUUCCACAGCCAUGGUCAUCGUUGUGUGCCAAGUGUAAACCAUUCACCAAACCUGGCUGUUGUCAUAUAAGCUUAACAACUGAAGAUUUUUGGGGAGCUGUGCUUGCUGAACUGCACUUGGGCAGCAAAUUCUUAAGGAGCACAAUCUUUUCAGGGAAGAUGAAAAUGUUGUUUUAGCUUUUAAGAUUUUUUUAGAAUUCCAGUCAAGAAAUAUUUUUUUCAAUCUGUAUUUUAUUGGUUCAUGUAAACUGUGGUCAAAAGGAAACACUCCCCUUUUUAUUUGCACAUCUCUUGGGUAAGACACUCUGCCUUGUGUAGCAAAAACUUUAGAAAACUGUGUGUAUGUAUAUACUGUAAAUGUUAUGUAUUCAGAAUAUUUCAGUUGACUGUUUUGCAGAGCUGGGAUGGGGAAAAUAAAGCCCUGGU